AUGGCGAAUGGAUCUAAAAAGUUCCACUCCAAGUCCCGAAAUUGCAAGAGGCGACGCGUUCGAUGUAACUGUCAAGGCCCUAUAUGCUCGAACUGCCAUCGGCGUAACGAGCUCUGCGACUACCUUCGGGAUCAUAACCCUCAGGUGUCAGAGAUAGAGGGACCUCGUAAUCAUAUAUAUGGUACCUCUUUGGAACCGACCUAUUCUUCUCGCUUCGCGAAGCCAUUCACUGCUCGUAAUGAGCAGUCCUACUUCUCGUGUUUUACCGACCUUGUUAUAGCGCUUGACUACUACCCCCUAUUCGCCGACAAACAACAGCUUCUAGCAAAUGCAGCAGCCUUCUUUGACAUACAGCACGCCUCCUUUAUACUCUCACGCGAUAUGGUACCUACUAAGAACGGUAAUCAAAAGCUUCCGUAUUUGUUACCGACUAUAUCCUCACUGUGCGCAAUUCACAAAGCCACACAACACGGCUGCCAGUCGUUAGAUGCAUACGCUGAAGCGGUGCAACAUAAUAUUGCUGCAUCUGCGAACUUCCGACACGCGGAAUACAGGGUCCACGAGGGGAAUUGGUUGCCCUUGUUAUUGUUCGGCGUCAGCCAUAUAAUAUUCAAUUUCGCUGCCGCUCAGUCAGCGCCGGAUUUUGCAUUUGAUUACCUUGGCAUCUUUCACGUUUUAAGGAGUUCGGGGAAAGUAGGAAAUCAUAUUGGUCGGUUUCUAGAGAAGAGCGAACUCAGCAACAUACUACAACGACGGCGUCAAUGGACAGUUGAGGUAUCUCUAUACGGCGACAGUCUGUGUGCUAUAACCCAGUUGAGCUUGGCGGAACACCCAAAGAUGACCUCCCGUUCAGUCCGAGAACACUGCGAACAUGCUUUGGAAAAACUGAAAUGGUGGGUCAGGUAUGUUCGCGGCACACCGCGGAUAUGGAGAGACUUCAUCCUUUGGCCCGGUUCAGUCACGGAUGGUUUUGUGACAGCCCUGAUGGAGAAGCAGCCGGUGGCACUGCUAAUCUACAUUUAUUGGUGUGUCAUCAUGCGUCGCGCACCUAGACGAUGGUACGCUGAAAGCUGGCAUCUACGAGUAGCCAAUGCUGCCAUGUCUGAGCUGGGUCCGGAGUACGCUGCAUUUUUGGAAUGGCCGAUGCUGGUACUAGGCUGCUAAGUUUGAUUCUAUUGAACCUUUCAUGUAUCCCUCAGCUCAGCCAUCACCGCACUCUUCUUUCUUGGUUUUCUACGCAGGUGGUAAUAGUAUGUUAAUUAUAAAUCC